GUUGCUGGUUUACUAAUCUGCAGACUCGCAGAAGCGAUAAAACAAAACAAAAAAAAAGAAACCGUUAUCGAGUCGUUCUAUCGCAUGUAUCGUAAUGUUGCAGUGGACUUACGUUGUUGAUGUUGCUGAAGACAUGUCUUCUUUUUUCUUUAACUAGCGUCAAGUACACUCUACAAUUAUGGAGUCUUGAAAAAGGAGCUGAGAUUUGUGUGGGGGGGGGGGGGACCCUUUCCCCUCAGGUUUGAUAGAGUGCUGAAGAAGGUCAGAGGACUGUUGAAAUUAUUGCCUUUUGUAAAUUAUGUAAUGACUGUACAGCAGAAAAAAAAAAGAUUUUUGCAUCAACUGAUAUGUACAAUUUUGUAUAAAAAAAGAAGCACAUAGAUUUUUUUUUGUAUUUAUUCAAUUCUUGAUGCCAGUGUAUGCUGUGAGAACCUUAGGUUGUGUCGUGGUGGUCGACAUGGUGGACUGAAACAAGUUACAGAAAAGCUCUGGGGUCGCUAGGGUGCAGUGGAACCUCAACACAAGCACAAUUCUAGCACUCCAAAACCAUCUUGACCUUUGAGUGACAUUUUUUUCUCUCCUUUUGCAUGCUUUUCUUCUUCGAGUGCAGCCCUGUUAUGUUUUUUAGAAAUAUUUUGGUUUGUUCCAACCAGUUUUGUUACUUUUGAGUUUAUUUGUGAUUGUGGGUGGUGGGCUGUCCGAAGACUUGUGCUUGCGGAAGGAAGGAAGGAGAUUUUUUGGCAAUACCUGGAUGGAGGUGAGGAGGAGUCUGGCAGCGCCAGACUGUAUGCCCAAAUGUCGCUCACUGCAGCAUGCAAACGAUGUUGUGGCGGCAAUAACGCGUGGCUCUGAGGGGCAGCUGAAGGCCUUCUUGACUUCGUACUGCCACAGUGCAGCCACCCUGAAGGACGUGUUUGGUCGUACAGCCCUGCACCUGGCUGCCUCGCUGGGGAAAAAGGCUCUGUUGGAAUGGCUGCUGGAGAGUAAGAAUGCAGACCUGAUGGUGAAAGAUAAAGAAUCUGGAUGGACUGCUCUACACCGCAGCGCCUUCUACGGACAGAUUCACUGUCUCCUGUCACUGCUCAAGCAUGGCGGCCUCCUUUCCACCCCGGACAAGGAGGGUCUCUCUGUUUUGGAUCUUACAAUGAAGGACAGACCUGCACAUGUUGUAUUUAAAAACACUGACCCAACUGAAGUGUACACUUGGGGAAACAAUACUAACUUCAGUCUUGGGCACGGUAAUCAGGAGAGCCGACAGCACCCUGAGAUUGUGGACACGUUUGCCCGAAGUGGGAUUUACAUCAAGCAGGUCGUCCUGUGCAAGUUCCACUCUGUGUUUCUCUCUCAGAAAGGUCAAGUAUUCACAUGUGGUCAUGGACAGGGAGGACGACUCGGUCACGGAGAUGAACAGACGUAUCUGGUUCCUCAGAUGGUAGAGGGUCUGAUGUCCCACCACUGCUCCCAGGUGGCAGCAGCUAAAGAUCACACUGUGGUACUGACAGAGGAAGGUUACGUCUACACUUUUGGCCUCAACACUUUUCACCAAUUAGGUCUAACUCCUCCUCCUGCCUCUGCACAUGUCCCUAAACAGGUGUUCUCCAAGAUGUUAAAAGGGAGGACAGUGAUCGGAGUGGCAGCAGGAAGGUUCCACACUGUGCUGUGGACCCGGGAAGCUGUUUACACCAUGGGACUGAAUGGAGGGCAGCUGGGUUAUUUGUUGGAUCCCAAUGGGGACAAAUGUGUGACAGCCCCCCGGCAAGUAUCGGCUCUGCACCACAAAGACGUUUCCAUCGCCAUGGCAGCAGCAAGUGAUGCAGCAACAGUAGUUGUAAAUGAGAAGGGGGACGUCUACCUGUUGGCCGACUACCAUUGCAAAAAAAUGGCCUCAAGGCAGCUCAACAUCAAGAAGGUUCUGGUCAGUGGUGGCAGCCUGGACCACCGUGUGUCUCCACAGAUCCUGAAUGAGGGAGGAGGGGAAAAAGUCGUGAUCUUGGCAUUAGAUGAAGCUGGCAGGGUGUUUUGCUGGCGUUCUGCAAACAGCUCUGUGAAACAGUGCCGCUGGGCAUACGGACGUCAGGUUUUCCUGUCGGACAUCGCUCUCAGCAAGGACAGCAUGAUGUUUGUGACUCAGGAAGGGGAGGGCUUCAGUGGGGUGUGGGCGUGUGAAUACAAGAAGCAUGGGGAGAAGAAAGAGUGUACUGUGGAGGUUUGUGGAAGUUCAGAUGCUGGAACACCGUAUGAGCGAAUCCGCUUGGAAAAACUGCCCUGCGUUCACAGAGCUGUCAGCAUCACCAUGGACUCUAAAGGCCGAAACUUUGGAGUGCUUCAGUCUGACCCCAAAACAUGCUUGUAUGAGAUUCCUUUCAUCUCUCCAUCCUCCUACAAUCAACACUUCCGGAAUCUUCUGGACGAGGCUGAUGAAAUGGACAGCAUCCACGAUGUGACGCUUCAAGCUGGUGACCGUACAUUUCCAGCCCAUAAGUACAUCCUUUCAAUGAGGUCCGAAUUCUUCCGCAAACAGUUCAUGGCUGAGCGCAGUGUGAUUGAUGAGGAGCUGGACAGAGAAGUGAGGAAGAGCAAAGAUGCUGUGGGUUGUGAUCUACUUGUGUUGGAGAAAAUUCCUGCAGACAUGCUGGAGUAUGCGCUGCACUUCAUCUACACAGACUCGUGUGACCUGCUGGUGCACGGGGCCCAACCAAGAGUCUUUGAGGCACUGACGACUCAGAAUCAGGAUUCAGAGCCGGAGAGGCUUAUCAGCAGUCUGCAGGGCUUGGACCUGAGAGGACAUUCAGCUUUCGAGGUCUAUCGCUCCUUUCCCUCUGCAACCAGCAUUGAUCAUGACAAGGCCAAGAGCAAGGGCUCUAAGCCCGGCAAAAAGACGAAAGGAAGUAAAACUGACAAGCCUGGAGCCAACGAGGGUGGAUCCAACCCUGUGAAAGCAUUACAGGGUGUUGCGAGGAAGCUUGGCCUGGGCAGUCUGUCUGCACGUCUGGAUGGAGUCAAAUAUGAAAAAGGAAGGAUUAGUGUCAUACAGAAAAAAAGUGGCAACAAACCAAAAUUCAACCAGAAAAAAUGCUCUUACCUGUGCGACGUGACUCUGAAAUCUGAAGAUGGGAAAGAGUUUCCGUCUCACAAAAGUGUGCUGUGUGCAAGACUAGAAUACUUCCACAGUAUGCUCAGAAACCCCUGGAUUGAGGCUACAUCCUGUACUGCACUGAAAAUGCAGACAAGUUCAGAGAUUCUGCAGGUCAUCCUCGAGUACAUUUACACUGAUGAGUCUCCCACCAUGAAAGAGUCUCUAAAUGUAGAGUUUGUCUGCAAUGUGUUGGUUGUGGCUGACCAGCUGCUCAUCCCACGAUUGAAGGAGAUGUGUGAGGUCGUCAUCACUGAGAAACUGACGUUAAAGAAUGCUGCCGAGUUGCUGGAGUUUGCUGCCAUGUACAGCGCUGAACAGCUGAAACUCUCCUGCCUGCAGUUCAUCGUGCUCAACAUGGCCGCCCUGCUGGAGUCAAAAGUAUUGGAUAUUCUCAGUGAUGAAGUCCAACUGGAGCUUUCAGCAGCCUACAAGAGGAUGAUUCCAGCCAUGCAAAAGAGGGUUAUCACCCCUAACCCUGACGCCCCAGACCUCAGUGUGUACGAGGACGAGGAUUUGGACUCUGCAUUCAGCCCCAAAUCAGAAGAGGAAUUAGAUCACUCGUACAAGGAAACGCUAAUAAAGAAAGCUAAGAUGAAAGCUACUAAAAAACCGAGGCGGCGCUCUGACAGCUCUGGAGGCUACACCCUCUCAGAUAUCAUUCAGAGCCCCCCCGGUGCAGUUGUUUCCUCCUGCUUGUUGAAGUCAGACAAGGCCAACUCAGCUGAGUCCCUGCAGGAGCUGCUGACCUCAGACUCAGAGGGCAGCUACAUGGGGGUGGGCAGUCCUCGAGAUGUGCAGUCACCCAUCUGCCACGACACAGCUGAGCUUUGUCAAGAUGAGAAGACUUUCAGUCAGAGGCUGAAGACUCCACCCAGCGUCUUGAGGAACGACCUCCCGACUGCCCCCGACUCUGCCCCACAAACUGUCCCCAAGACCCAGCUGUGUCCUGUCCGUCCACCACGUUUGGAUUUCAGGACCAUCAUGGACAUGGAAGCCAACUCUCUGCAGACCCUUGGAGCAACACCUAAAAGUCCUGGAAGGCAAGCGGUCACCACUUGGCAUGAAACACUCCCCGGUUCCACUAAACUAUCGCAGAAGCAAAGAAAGAUGUUGGCUCUGUCCAACAAGGAGGCGAGUGUAGAGCCUGCUGCACCCAAACCGGCCCUGGCACUGACCCCGUCUAAGAGCAGCAUGAAGGCCUGGGCAUCCGCAGUUCAGUCUCCACCCACCUCAAAUUCAUUUUGGACACUUUUGGAGGAGGAGCACCAAUUGAUGAAACUGGGGCAAACAGGAGUCCAGAGGACCCCCAGUCCUCAGGGCCCCCCAACUGUUACCAGGAAGGUCACUUUUAAAUGUGCUGAAGGCAAUGAACCAGAAAGACCCAGUGGGCCCUGGGUGCUUGGAGGAGUCAGCAGCCCCCCCUCCUCUUCCUCCAUGAUGACCUUUGCCUCCAUAGUGGAAGAGGAGAAGCAGCAGGAGGCGGCGCUGAUCCGCAGCCGAGAGAAGCCGCUAGCGCUCAUUCAGAUCGAGGAGCGGGCCAUCCAGGACCUGCUGUCUCACUACGGGGCUCGUGACAACCCAGAGGAGCUGAUCGUGGUGGAGAGAUCCACUCGAGGGCCCAUCGCCGCCCCCACCUGGAACAACGCUGAUGUGAAAAUGGUCACUACACAACAUGGUCUGUAAUGUUCAGCGUCUCUGCUCUUUCUUACCAAAACUGUCAUCCUUCACGUUUGGCCUCAGAGAGCAGGACGCCUGUUUACACAGUGUUACUUUAGGUUUUGAGCUGGUGUGUGAGUGUGUUCUAUUUUAAAUGUUGGAAUAACUGAAUGUCUUUGUUUGUGGGUUUAUUUGCUGCUUGUUCUGAAGAAAGAGUCUAAUUAUGUAGUUGCCAAAGAAAUGGAGAUUCUGGUGGUUGUGUUGGGUGAGUGGACGCUGUGUGUCAUUAUAUUAAUGGUGCCAAUGACAUUAAAACUGGCUGUUGCACCUGAAAAGCA